AUGGUUCGGGAUGUCCAGGAGCGGAUUGCUGGCCAGAUGAGGGACCCUCCAGCAGGGCAGAAUGCAGUAAUGCAAUUGAACAUGGGGGAGGGGAAGUCUUCAGUGAUUCUUCCCAUGGUCGCUGCCGCUACCGCCAACGGUUCACAGAUGGUGAGAACCAUUGUGGCGAAGGCUCAGUCGAAGCAGAUGGAUCAAAUGUUAGACGACACGCUCGGGGGCGGUUUGAUCCAACGACAAGUCUAUCGCAUGCCGUUUUCAAGGGCACUCAAGAUCGGUCUUUCUGAAGCCAAGACCAUUCACACACUCUUCAAACGGUGUAUGGAGUCCAAGGGCGUUCUUCUCAUUCAGCCCGAACACAUCCUCUCCUUCCAGCUCAUGGGGUUUGAAACCGCUAUCGCAGGCAAAGGCGAUGUCAGUCAGUCACUGAUUAGGUCGCAACAGUUUCUCGACGAAUUCUCCCGUAACAUCGUGGAUGAGAGCGACGAGAACUUCAAUGUCAAAUUCGAACUGGUCUAUACGAUGGGAUCUCAGCAGCCAGUAGAGCACAGCCCGAAUCGGUGGGUGUGCAUCCAUGAAGUUCUUGGGGUGAUGAGAAGGUUCCUUUCGGCGGCCCGGGAGGCCGAUCCUACUUCGAUCGAAGUGUCUAGCAGUCAUAACGGCGGCUUCCCUCGGACACGCAUCUUGCGGGAAGGCGCCAGGGAUGCUUUGCUCAGCGUUAUUGCACGUCAUCUCAGUGAAGCUGGCUUAGCUGGUCUUCCAAUGAGUACUCAGUCACGCUCACUGCAGCAAGCUGUUUACACAUACAUCACCAAGUUCAACCUAACGUCGGCGGAAGCUUUGGAGGUUGAGUCAUCCAUGAUUUGGUCACCAGCCACCAAAAACACCCUUCUUCUACUCAGAGGGCUUAUUGCCUGUCAGAUCUUCAGUUUUGUAUUUUGUCAAAAGCGAUGGCGGGUUGAAUAUGGUUUAGACUAUACGCGCGAGCCGGGAACUAGACUUGCAGUACCUUACAAGGCUAAAGACAAACCGAGCGCUCGAUCUGAAUUCAGCCACCCGGACGUUAUCAUCACGCUCACAUCGCUAAGUUACUACUACGGCGGACUGAAUGAUGCACAACUUCAUCAGACUUUCGAGCACCUUCUGCACUCUGAUCAGGCGGACAUGGAAUACUGUGUUUGGGUGGAGGACAGCGAUCAUUUGCCGGCAUCAUUCCAUCAGCUAUCAGGCAUCAAUCUAGAUGACGGUCAGUGCGUCAGACAGAUCUUUCCUUGCAUCCGCUACGCAAAAGGGACGAUUGAUUACUUCCUGCAGCAUAUUGUGUUCCCUAAGGAGGUGAGGGCUUUCCCCUACAAGCUUUCAGCCUCAGGCUGGGACAUCGGCAAGGAGACGGCGAACCCUACCACAGGCUUCAGUGGAACAAACGACUCUCGUGCUUUCCUUCCCUUGAGUGUCAAACAACUUGACCUCCCCGACCAAAAGCAUACCAACGCUCUAGUACUGGAGUGCCUUCUUCAGGAAGAAAACUCCGUGGCGUUGAUGCCAUCGACAAAGGCAGCAUCGAAGUCAGAUGCGGAGACUCUCUUAGAGAUGGUCGUUAAGCUGGAACCUCCGGCGCGGGUCAUUCUCGACGUCGGGGCUCAGAUUUUGGAACUUGACAACAUCAUGGUUGCAAAACGGUGGCUCGAGAUGACAGUGGACAAUGAUAAAACACAAGCUGUCAUUUUCUGCGACGAGGAUGAUCACAUUCGUGUUGUUGACCGCAAAGGACGGAUCGAAAGUUUCCAGACCUCGCCUUUUGCCACUCAGACCGACGUCUGUCUAGUCUUUCUCGACGAAGCUCACACUCGAGGCACAGACUUGAAACUCCCGGAGACCUAUCGAGCGGCGGUUACACUGGGAGCAAAUUUAACGAAGGACAGAUUGGUUCAAGGUGAGCAUUGCUAG